AAUAGAAGUCAUGUUCGCCAUUUUAGUAUGACUCAGAUUAUCAGGAAAGAAGCAACUAAGCCUGACAUCAAAAUACCUUCAUUUAGUGAAUCAGCCUCAAAAUUUGCUUCCGUUGAAGAGGAAUCAUUGAGAAUUAAAGUUUACAAGAAAGAUUCAAUGCGUGAUAUAUUAGAAGCAGAUAUUGAUCAUAACAUUAUUCCAGAACUUCGAGAUUAUAUCCUCGCGGAAAUUAAAGAUAGUGAAUAUGUGAAAUGUUUCAGUGCUCUUAAUUAUCCAAGCUUAAAUAACAAUCAAAAGAAGUUUCUUGGUAAACUCAACCGCAUACUUAUGAAUGAGAAUGUUCGAAAAGAAAUUGCAGCAUAUGCCAAUAGAGAAGGCCGAAGAGGCGCUGAAAUAGUAUGGGUGUUGUGUGAAGCUAAACAUAAAGGAUCCAGAAAAUAUAAAAAAGGGAAAACUCAGUUAGUGGCAUGCUUAUUGCAGCAGCUCAAUGGAAUUAUUCCAUGUUGGACAAAGUAUGGAUUUUGUAUUUCAAAUGCUAAUGAAAGACGAGAGGUGCUUGCAUGUUUAUCUGAUCUCAAACAUUAUGCAUUAAGUCUUUCACCAAAGUUGGAUAAAUAUUCUGAAAAGAAUUUAAUGUGGCUAGCUCUUUUUGACGUGCUUAUAUCAUUGAAAUUAAUAAAGUUUUCACCAAAAUUGGGUUUUGAGUUUUUAAGAAUAUGUAGGUUUGUAUGUGGUGUAAUGUGUGUGAUAUGUGGUAUAUGCAUUGAUAUGGAGGGUGAUAACAGUUACUUGUAG